AUGUUCCAAUAUCUACCAUCAUUUCUGAAGCUCGAUCUAAACACCACCCUUUUCAUGUUUCUUUCCUUCUUCAUCAGCAUACUGCUUGUCUUAAAGUUCACAAGAAUAAACAAAUUAAAUCUACCUCCAUCCCCACCUGGAUUGCCAAUAAUUGGUAACUACCUUCAACUAGGAACACUACCUCAUCGUUCUUUUCAUUCCCUAUCACAAACGUAUGGCCCUCUAAUGUUGAUGCAGCUUGGCCAGCUUCGUGUGCUGGUGGUUUCCUCAGUAGACAUGGCCAAAGAAGUCAUGCAUACACAUGAUAUGAUUUUUGCGAGCCGCCCGAACCUGACAUCAACAAAAGCCUUACUCUAUGGAUGCAAGGACAUUGCGUUUGCAACUUAUGGUGAUACAUGGAGACAGAAAAAGAAACUGUGUGUGAUUGAAUUGUUGAGUCAGAAAAGGGUGCAAUCAGUAGAGUUUAUUAGACAGGAGGAAGCGAUGGCGUUGGUUGAUAAGAUACGUAAAGCGUUGAGUUUGAGUGAAGGUUGUCUCACUGUGAACCUUAGUGAGAUGUUGAUAGCAACCGCAAACAACAUAAUCUGCAGGUGUAUGUUUGGAAAAAAAUAUGACGACGAUGGUUGCAGAUUUGGAGAGCUUGGCAGGCAGAUAAUGGUUCAAAUUUCAGAUUUUAGUAUGGGAGAUUUGUUUCCUUCGUUGGGUUGGGUGGAUGUUCUUACUGGCCAAAUUAAAAAAUUUAAGACUACUUUUGAAGAAAUGGACGAUUUCUUUGAUCAUAUAAUUGUAGAGCGUAGGAUGGCCAGGAAAGGCCCCAACAAGAAAGAUUUCCUCGACAUUCUACUUCAACUUCAGGCUGAUGGUCUUUCAGAGUUCGACCUCACAGAAAAUGACUUAAAAGCAAUCUUACUGGACAUGUUUUUAGGAGGAAGUGACACAACUUCAACAACAGUUGAAUGGGCUAUGGCAGAACUUGUAAAAAAUCCAGCCAUAAUGAAGAAAGCACAGGAGGAGGUAAGGAGAAUUGUAGGGAAUAAAUCAAAAAUAGAGUACAGUGAUGUCGAUCAAAUGGCCUACAUGAAAUGUGUAAUCAAAGAAACUUUGAGGCUGCACCCAGCUGCUCCUCUUUUGACUCCUAGAGAAACAACAUCUAGUGUUAAACUUGGAGGGUAUGAUAUUCCUGAUAAAACAUUGGUAUAUAUCAAUGCAUGGGCAAUCCAGAGGGACCCUGAAUUUUGGAAAAGGCCAGAAGAGUUUCUACCUGAGAGAUUUGAAAAUAACAAGGUUAAUUUCAAUGGUCAAGACUUCCAAUUUAUCCCGUUUGGUUCUGGGAGAAGAAAUUGCCCGGGUAUUGGGUUUGGGCUUGCUUCCACCGAGCAUAUGGUUGCUAAUCUUUUGUAUUGGUUUGACUGGAAGCUACCUACAAAUGAUGCAUCUCUUCAAGAAAUAGACAUGACUGAGAAAUUUGGGCUCACUGUCAACAUGAAAGUUCCUCUGCGCCUCCAACCAAUACCAAACAAUAAUUUCGUAGAAUAA